UGUAGUAAACUAGUCAGCGAUUAGUCACUCUCCCAAGACUCAAUUUAACCCGAAUGUAACUAUUCGAACAAGUUUUUAGGAAGAGACAAGAACAACAUGGCACUCGAAGAUAAUAUGUAGGCCUACUUUACACCUACUUUUCAGUUUUCUUGAAUUACCUUUAUUUGGAUUUGAAAUGCACUCUAUAGUCUAAACAUGUAUACGGACUUUUUGGUCCGCUGGAUUUUGCGUUUGUUGGCUGCCUGAGCGUUGUUCUAGCAACUUCGGAUACAAUGUGACUUUUCCAAGUGUCUCUGGUUUAGUUACUGGUUAAUGUUCAUGAUGAGUUGCGGGAAUGGACCAGCACGUGCUGUGCUCAUGCUGUGUCUGCUGCUGCUACUACACGCCGCGGAGGAGAUAACACGCGCUAAACUAACUGUCACCGAGAUUCAACACCAGAAUGGUUCCACCUGGAACCCUGAGAGUCUUCCCCAGCUGAGUCUGUCCACCUUCCGGUUCUCUCCAUCACAAGGCUCCUGUUCUGCUUGUGUCCGUGUCCUUUUCAGAAUGAAAGCUGCAGCCUUUACUGGGACACUGACCCUUACCUACCUGGAGCUGUCAACUAGUACUCGCAGAAUCAUCUCCAUUAAAAAUGUCAAAAAUCACACUUUACAGUGGAGAAGCCAGAUUCCAUCCAUGAGAGGAAGGACCAAAAUCAAACGUUUGCAUCUCCAUAAUAUUGGCCAUCAAAUUUUGUGGGAGUUGGUGUAUGACUGUUUCCCAGCCGAUGCAGGGCGACAAGUGCAUGUGUCUUUGUCCUCCAAACCACACAGAGAAGACAGGUACAUCGUGCAAGACAUCUGUCCAGAUUCAGAUCCAGUGCCAGAGUUUGACCUGUCUGUUGAUGAGCUGGCUCGAUCCCUCACUGUAACUAUAGCAACUGGGGACCACAUACACCAGCCGGCUCGCUCACCUGACGUACACACCAGGCUGUGCUACAGACAGACCGACUCAGAAUGCUCCAACCUUUCUCGUCUUAUUACUAUUGGCACCAAUCAGGCAUCGUCAGUGACUCUCAAGUUCCCCUACCUGCUUCGCUGUGUCUGUGCACAGGUAUAUUACACACACCUGGACGCAAGGCGAACCACAGUUUGCCCGUUUGUGAACAGCUCAUUAGCUGAGGGCAGAGACGUGUGGCGCUCCAGUUCUGUGACUCUGUAUGGUGAGUUGGGUUCGAGCCUGGCCUGGAGCUCCCUGUGUCCAGCUGCUUACCUGAAGCCCUCUGCCUCCCUCUGCUGGCAACACCAGAGAAACACAUCCCACUGCACUCCCAUCCUCAACUCCACACUGGAGAACAUAGUGGAGAAGAAAGAUCUGAAAUAUAAUGUUUCUGCUGUGGAUAAACACCCUCAGAUGUGUGUGCAGUUCUCCUUUAGAAGCAGCUUUGAUGUCCACUGUCCAUUCCUGCCAGGUAUGUCUAAGUGGGAGGCAUAUGUUGGUCCUGGUUCACAGAGUCUCCGUGUCUAUCUCACCUCCAAUAUCCCAGCAUCCUUUGCUGCUCAACUCUGUGUAUGGAAGGAGAAGGGAUGUGUGUCCAGAGGAGCGAUCUACUUAGUAAACAUGGGUGAGGGCACCAGAGAGACACAGCUGAACCUGCCCUUAUCAUUCCUGACUGAGGGACUAUGUGUGCAGGUGUGGCGGUCAGAUCCUCCACAGUAUGGGAGGAGACUACUGUGUCCUGACUAUUCCCACAGGAGAUGGGGUCUCUAUGCUGUUGCAGCCUUGACACUUCUGGUUACUGUGGCAAUGCUGGGACGCCUCAUCCACUAUGUGACCAAGAAUGGAGUCACAGGCUGGCUGUUCAUCCAGAGGCCUGUGUUGUUGGUGUGUUCCUCAGAGCAGUCAGCCCAUGUGUCUCCCGUGUGCGCUUUGGCCUCCAUUCUACAGGGGGAGUUGUGUGCUGAAGUGCGCAUGGCUCUGUGGGCCCAGAUCUCCAAUGGGGUUGGUCCUGGGGCUGUGGAGAGGUCUGGGGCUGGUGUGGCUGAGCUGGGCCCUGUGCCCUGGCUGUAUGGACAGUGGGAGGCAGUCAGAGAGGCAGGAGGCCGGGUGCUGAUCAUAUGGAGCCCAGAGGCCAAGGAGUCCUACAGGAGCUGGAGGGAAGAGAGAGAUGGGAAAAAGACAGGAGGGAGUAAAGGAGAGGAGAUGCGACAAGGGAAGAUGGGAGGAGAAGAGAUGGAAGGACUUGAGAAAACAAGAGAGAAACUGGAGCAAGCAGGGAUGAAGAAAGGAGUGGGAUGGAAAGAGGAAGGUAGGAGCGGAGAGGAGGAGUUGGAGCCCUCCUCAGUGACGGGGCCGGUGUUCAGGGCUGCCCUGUCCUGUCUGCAGGGGGCACUACAGGGGACGGGCAAGAGCCAAGGCUUCGCGCUUGUCUACUUCCAGGACCUCUGUCACAGCCGAGACAUCCCCAAAGACCUCAGAGGUGUCCCGCGCUACUGCCUGCCUCGGGAUUUUGGGGGCCUGAUACGAGAGCUGGGCGGGACGGCUAGAGGACGGAACAAUGUGAUUGGCAGCUGGCACUGCUGGCCCAGACUCCUCUCCAAAACAUUGUCACUAUGGUUGGCACGACGACUAACUCACAAGAAGUUGCCACGGACGCGCCCACAGGAAGAGGAGGGUCCAAAACUGAAAUCGUCACAGAAAGUGAUGUCAGAGAGGACACUAAGCCGGCAUGUGUCGCUACUGUCAACCAAUGAAGAGAGGACAGAGCCAAGCACUUUGCAGGAGAAGGAGUCACUCAGCGGGUCACCGUGGUGAUGAGGCAGGGCAUCUCAGGUUUUACCUUUUAUACAGGGGCUAGUUUUUUGUCAUGACUGUAACAUGAGGCAGAGGACAUGGGUGGUGUAGUGACCCAAACAGUGGAGCAGAGACAAUGAAAAGUUAUGCCUAAAGUCAAUAGGGGGUAUUCAUAACACUUCACCACUAUCUGCUAAAUGACUAAAAUGUAAAUGUAAAUGUAAAUAACUUACCACUUGAUUUGCAGAGUAGGUCAAUAUUGUCCUCUGGGUACAUCCCUGUAUGGCCACAGUUUAUUCUUUGUAUGCUGAGUGCACUGUUUGAACCUGACCAUGAAGCCACACAUAUCAGCCUUAUCUUUUGUGUGUUUGCCUGAACAAAGGAGACACCCGAAUCUAGUGAAUAUCUCCUACAAAAUUAACCAUCCGCUGUUUAUACAACAGGACUUAUAUUCACUACAUUACUCUGAACAAUCUUGGCUAAGUGUUGUGAUUAUAGAAGCAUUUGUUGUCAACAUGGCAGAGUGCAUGGAGGCUGCCACAUCAAGCAGCAUUAAGGAAAAUGCUAAAGAAAAGGCUUGAAGUACGGUUGCCAGGCGCAACACACCAACACACUGUUCUCCCUAUCUUCAUCUUGGAGAGAGAAAUCCUUACAAGGGAGGAGGCCAUAGCUAACCCCCUGAAGGAAGAAUAGCUCUACCAUACAGGUAAUCCAGCCAAGCCACCUCAGGUUGGUACAGAGAGAGCACUCUGGCAGAUCUAUCUAAAUAAAAAGGAGGCAAGGGCAAAACUCCUUAUUAGAGGAAUAUCUGUCCGUGGGAAAGCAUUUUAAUGUUCAAGGAAAAGAACCCUUUCAGUCUGAAGUCACGCAUGGCCAAUCAGAACUCAGUCCAAGUUACAAUCAAAAGAGCUGCCUAAAUCAGCAGAUGACAGUGUUGUGACCAAAGCAGGUUGCAAGACUGUGGGGAAAGUUAUGAAACGCAUGACUCGAUGCAAGAACCAACUCACUUAACUGUUCCAAUGGAGACCGCUUUGUUUACAUUGAAGCAGUGCCCCCCUAAACUCAGACCCCGCUCUGCGAAGAUGGGUCCACACUGGGUCAAAAUCUUCUUCUAUGGAUCGGGCAAUGGACAGCGUCAAGACGAGCCGGAACAAAAGCCUGCACCGAGCCCAAAAUGCAGUCCAGCCACUGAAGAUAACUUUAAGUACAUAGAGGAGAUGUACAGUACAGCCAGUCUGUGCUGGAUGACAACACCCUGCCUGAAAGUGGAACAGAGCUAUCAGAAACACCAGCAUAAUCUGAAGAAAUGCAGAGUGAAACUGAAGAUCAGGCCCCUUCUACACCGAAGAACAAGGGAGAUGAGCCUGGAGAACAGUGUGCCAGACCCAACUACACAGUCUAACAAGCAGAGAAAGAAGAAGAAGAAACAAACAAAAUAAUGUGAAAAGCAAAAAAGUGGAAGUGAAAGUAAAACUAAAGAAAGAAGGCAAGACCGAAGAUAGUAAGAUGAACAGAAGGCGGUGCAACUCACUUGGGAGGGUAAAAGAACGGAAUCCAUCCUUAAUUCUCUUAUUUUCAGUCCCUCGGUACUCUACAGCAAGUGAGAGACCUAGGGAAAAGGACUCACAAAGUUAAGUCUGGAACCGGUUCACCAGCGAAAAAGAAGACAAAGAAAAUGAUGAUGAACAGGACCAAAGUCCCCAGAUCACAAGUGAAGAACACAAGGAGUCCACCCAGGAAGUAUAAGGGUAUAGAACCAUCAUGGACAAUGUGUGAUGUAAGUAUUACCUGAGUUAGAUGAUCUUUCCUUUUUGUUUUCAUUAAAGUCCAUUUAGGGAUGGGUGUUGAAAAUUAGCGUGCGCUAGAGACACGAGUGUAAUGCAUCUGACAAUUGUUUGUUCAUUGUGUCAAUGUGUUUGUCCCAUCCAAAUAAACGGAACUAUUAUUGUA